GCGGGCUCUUCCUCCAAAGGUCGCUUCCUCUCGGCGCCAAAAUUCAAACGUUAGUUGCCGCCGUAGUUGUGCUGAGUGUGUGAAGGAGCUCCGCGGCUGCCAGCGGUUUAGCGAGGGCUUCCUUCGCUUCGUACGUGUGGUACGGCUUGCAUGAAGUGUUAUAAUCCAGCCCUUAAAUUGUGCCCUUGGGGGAAGCACCAACGCGGCCCUUUGACAGCUUAAAGAAGAUGUACAUCAAAUCAAUUAUUCUUGAAGGAUUUAAAUCCUAUGCUCAGAGGACAGAAAUCUGUGAUUUUGAUCCAUCGUUCAAUGCCAUUACUGGCUUAAAUGGCAGUGGCAAGUCCAACAUCUUGGACUCCAUCUGUUUCGUACUGGGCAUCUCCAAUCUAUCUCAGGUGCGAGCUUCAAACCUCCAUGAUUUAGUUUAUAAAAAUGGGCAAGCUGGAGUAAGUAAAGCAACCGUGUCUAUAACAUUUGAUAAUUCUGACAAGAAACAUAGUCCACUGGGAUUUGAAAAUAGCAAUGAAAUCACCGUCACCAGACAGGCUGUUGUUGGAGGUAGGAAUAAAUAUCUUAUCAACGGUAUAAAUGCUUCCAACAAUCGUGUACAGGAUCUCUUCUGUUCUGUCGGUCUCAACGUCAAUAACCCUCACUUCCUUAUUAUGCAGGGGCGAAUUACUAAAGUUCUAAAUAUGAAGCCAACGGAGAUUCUAUCUAUGAUUGAAGAAGCAGCGGGUACCAGGAUGUAUGAAUGCAAGAAAAUGACUGCCCAGAAGACCAUAGAGAAGAAGGAAGCCAAACUGGAUGAAAUUCGAAGGAUCAUAACUGAAGAGAUCAGCCCAAGUCUAGAGAAACUGAAAGAGGCACGUGCAUCGUAUCUAGAGUACCAAAAAAUAACACGAGAAAUGGAGAAUUUAAAACGCGUCUGUGUGGCUUUUCAAUAUAUCCAUGCUGAAGAGAUAAAAGAUCAGACUACUAACGCUUUAAAGGAAGCAAAUGAAAAUAAGAAGAAAAAUUUGGAAUUAAUGGCUGUGAAUGAGGAGAAGGUAAAGGAACUUGCACAACAAAUAGAAGAUAUGGAAAAGAAAAACAAUAAGGAAUUUGGUGCUAAGUUACAGUCGCUGGAAGCUGCUCUUUCAGAACUCCAAAGAGUUGAUGCUAAAGUCCGCAGUGAUCUUGAUCACAAGAAGAAAAACUUAAGUGGUGAAAAGAAAAGGCAUAAAGAAUUGACUAAAGUCAUGCAGGAGGAAUUUAAAGCGAUAACAUCAAAGGAAAAGGAAAUAAAGAGUAUACAGGAAGAUCUAAAUGGUUUACAGGAGGAAAGUAAAAAAGGUGCAGAAGCUUUAGCCACAGCACAACAGCAUUUUAAUGGUGUAUCUGCUGGCCUGUCUAGCAAUGUCAGUGGUCGAGGAAGUUCUCUUGCUGACCAGAUGAUGACCUGCAAAAAUGAAAUUAGCAAAGCAGUAACAGAGGCUAAACAGGCCAAAAUGAAGUUGAAAUAUGCACAGCAGGAGCUAAAAACAAAACAAGCUAAAGUUAAAAAGGUGGAUGGAAGCUACAAGGAAGACCAAGCGACACUUGAAGCUGUCAGAAAAUCAAAAGAAAAACUCCAGGAUCAAAUGAAAAAGCUGAAAUAUGAAGAAGGAGAAGAGGAAGCCCAUGUAGCAAAGAAGAAGGCACUGAUUUCUGAGAUCAUUUCUCUGAGAGAACUGUGUGAAAGUAUAGCAGCGAAGCAUCCUCAUCUACAUUUCGAGUACAAAAAUCCAGAAAAAAAUUGGAAUCCCAGCUAUGUGAAAGGCCUUGUUGUAACACUCAUCACUGUGAAAGACAUAUCCACAUCAAAAGCCCUAGAAGCAGUGGCUGGGGGAAAACUCUAUCACAUUGUGGUGGACACAGAGGCUACUGGCAGGAAGAUUAUAGAAAAGGGUCAACUAAAGCAUCGUUACACCAUCAUUCCACUAAACAAAAUUUCAGCCAAGUGUAUUGGAUAUGAAAUUAUCUCACUGGCCAAAGAACUGAUCGGUCAUCUUGAUGUGCAUAUAGCCAUUUCGCUAAUUGAUUAUAAUAUCGAACUACAGAAGGCCAUGGAAUUUGUCUUUGGCACAACACUGGUCUGUAGCAACAUGGAUAAAGCUAAGAAAGUGACCUUUGACAAAAGAAUAAUGAAAAAAAGUGUUACACUUCAAGGAGAAAUAUUCGACCCUCAGGGAACCCUAAGUGGAGGUGCAAGCGCGCAUGUUACAUCUAUAUUGGUUAAACUUAAAACUAUGAGAGAAGCUGAAGAAAAACUCAAAAUAAAGAAGUCUCUACUUGAAGCUGUAGAGAGAGAGCUAGCAAACUUAAAGAAUACAGCUGAAAAGUACCAGCAUCUGAAGCAGCAGCUGGAGAUGAAGGUGGAAGAGGAAGGGAUACUGCAAGCUAAGAUUCGGCAAAGCUCUUAUCACAAACAACAGGAAGACCUGUUUGCUCUGGAGAAAACUAUUGUGGAGUGUGAAGAGGCAUUAAAGGAAACUAAGGAGAACCAACAGAAAGCUGAAGAAGAAUACAAGGCAUUAGAGAACAAAAUGAAAAAUGCAGAAUCAGAACACGAGAAGGAAAUAAAAAAUGCUCAGCAGAAACUAAAUAGUGCCAAGAAGAAAGCAGAUGAUUCAAGCAGAAAAAUGAAAGAAAAGCAGCAGGAAAUUGAAGCAUUAGUUUUGGAACUUGAACAGCUAAAACAAGAACAGGCCUCAUAUAAGCAACAGAGUGAGGCAGUGGAACAAGCAAUUACAUCCCUUCAGGAGCAAGUUGAUGCUUUGGAAGCUGAGGCUACUAAGGCAAAUGAAUCUCUAAAGGAAGCAGAGAAUGAGCUGGCCAAGCAAAAGGGAUUAAUAGCAGAACAAACUAAAGGUAUUAAAGACAAAUCUGCAGAGAUAGAGAAGUACAGAAAGGAAAAUAAUAAACUGCAGCUCAACAAUAAUACAUUAGAACACGACAUCAGCAAGUAUAAACAAGAGGCUGCUGAUGCUUCUUCCAUGCUGGACAAACUGCAGAAAGAGCACAAGUGGAUAACUUCAGAAAAAGAGCUUUUUGGCCAGUCGGGCACCACUUACGACUUUGAAAUCAACAAUCCUAAAGAAGCAAGUCAGAAGCUGCAGAAACUGAUGACAAAGAAAGAGAAGCUGGAGAAGUCCUUAAACAUGAGAGCUAUCAAUUUGCUUUCUGAGGCAGAAGAGAAGUACAACGACUUAAUGAAGAAGAAGAGAAUCGUAGAGAAUGACAAGUCAAAAAUUCUUGCGACUAUUGAAGAGCUCGACAGAAAGAAAAUCAGAGCGUUGAACAUCGCUUGGGAAAAGGUGAACAAAGACUUUGGUUCCAUCUUCUCGAUGCUUCUACCAGGAGCCAAAGCUAUGUUAGUACCAUCUAAAAAGCAAAGUAUCCUGGAUGGUCUGGAGUUCAGGGUUGGCUUAGGAAACAUCUGGAAGGAAAACCUGACAGAACUUAGUGGAGGUCAAAGAUCACUGGUGGCCUUGUCCUUGAUCUUAGCCAUCCUUCUCUUCAAACCUGCUCCCAUUUACAUCCUGGAUGAAGUGGAUGCUGCUCUUGACCUUUCUCAUACCCAGAACAUUGGACAGAUGCUUCAUGCUCAUUUCAAACAAUCCCAGUUCCUUGUGGUGUCCUUGAAGGAUGGGAUGUUUAACAACGCCAACGUCCUCUACAGGACCAAGUUUGUUGAUGGUGUGUCCACAGUUACAAGACACUGCCAGUUAAAGAAAAAGAAGGCACUGAGUGAAGCCAAUAGCAACGAAGAUGAGUAACAAACGAUGCAGUAAUGGUGACUCGAACAUUCUGUAUCCCUCAAUUACAGGAAGCCCCAGAAUCACCUUUUUUUUAAAAAUAAAACAACUUAUGCAAGUUGCAUUUUAUAGAGCUUUUAGUUUUGUUAAUGACUUCAGGUCAUGGCAGCCCAGAGGAGCCUGUCAGGAAGGUGAGAUGAAGCCUGCGGCAUUAACAGCUUUUAGUAAAUGUGCUGCGAUUGGCACCUCUUGUUGCCAAUUAACAUGACGUAGGAAUAUGCGAGUUAGCACAAGCUUCAAGCUGUGCAGCCUACUCACUUGUGAGUACAGUGGGCAGCAGUUUAACUGCUGGUUUCUAGAUGCUUGCUAAUGCUCUUAAUAAAUGAUAAAACAGAAAA